GCUUUAUAAAGCGCACUCGCGUUUUCCGUUUGCAAUGGAACAUAUACCGCGUACGUCAUUGCUUUCCUCAGACUACGAUCCCUUUGACUGAAGCGCUCGGACUACACCGGUCAUAUCAACUCGACCUCUCUGUUGCUCGACUCACCAAGCAAUCCAUCGAUAAUGGCGCCCACGACACGCUCCCAAUCUGCCAAGAUGAAGAAGCCAGCCUCGAAUAUACUUCAACCCUCAAAGGUCAACAAACGCUCGCGUCCACGUACAAGGGUCGCGUCUAGGAAGCCUACAAAGUCGAAGAACCUUAAUGGGUCGCAACAAAUUAGUAGACUAAAGCCUCCACGAGGUCGCACUUACCCCUUGAAGCAUCUCGAGAAUGGACUUGUCAGCAUGGAAACAACUCCUGACUACCUAGUUGAAACGAUCCAAAAGAACGCCACGGACUCCCCUCUACUUCGACUACCUGCAGAGAUCAGAAACACGAUCUUCCGUUACGCAGUUGGCGGAAACAAAAUACGAAUUCGGCGCGCAGUCGUCUAUCGAACAUCAAAAAAAUGGCGCGAAAACUCCAACUUACUAUGGCACGGCCGAGCGGAUCACUUAGACGAUCGCCGAUUCAAGGAUCAAGGCACUGCAUUUCACCUCCCAGAAGUCUGCCGUCAGAUCUAUGCAGAGACUGCUACACUAGGUUACGCCACCAAUAUCUUCAUACUUCCUUAUACCCAAGGUCUGCAUCAAUAUUUCGAUGAACAUCGAUCGAAUGGUAGGCAACUUCUUGAUACGAUAUGUUUGUGAUACAUGUGCUGAUUUCCCACGCCCAUACAGGCAUACUUGUUGAAUGGCUUACUCAGCGCAAUGUUGCCCAGCGCUCGGCGAUUCGAUCCAUAGAGCCUAACUAUUAUGACCUUUGUCAUUAUCUUAAUGGGACAUAUCACGGGUCAUUCGGAAAAGACUU